AUGGCGCCAAUGUCGAAAACGCACCAGCUGCUGGAGAUCAACAUCAUCUCCGCCCAGGAUCUGGAGCUGGUGUCGAAAUCGAUGAAGACAUACGCGAUGGCGUGGAUGAACCCCAAGCGGAAGCUGACGUCACGCGUGGACGAGGAAGGGAGGAACAAUCCCACGUGGAAUGAGAAGUUCGUGUUCAGGGUGGAGGAGGAGUUCCUGAAGCAGGACACUUCGGCCGUGAUGAUCGAGAUCUACUCCAACAAUUGGUUCCGCGACACGCUGGUGGGCACCGUGCGCUGCCUCGUCGGAAAUCUGAUUCCCCAGACCGGGCGAUCUCACAAGGGCCAGCCUUACAUCGGCAUGCGCUUUGUUGCUCUUCAGAUACGCCGCCCGUCGGGGAGGCCGCAGGGUAUCUUGAACAUCGGCGUCGCCUUACUGGACAGCUCCAUGAGAAGCAUGCCGUUGUACACCCAGCCUGCCAUGUCCGCCGUCGGCUACCACGACCUAAUGGAGGACCCGGAGGCCAUUCCCGGUGAAUCCAUGCUGCGGAGAAUGAGAAGCGAACGUAGCGAGAUGACAGGGUUCGGCAAUUUCUCCCCGGGUAGCUCCAUCAUCGUAGUCAAGCCCAAGAUCGAAGCUAAAGAGAACUCAAUUUUGAGCAUCACCGAAUGCAUGGUUCCCGUGCAGACCGUAAAGAGGGCGGGCAAGGCCAGCUCUGUGAUCAAUGGCGCAGAGCUCAGAGAUGACAGGCCUAGACCACUAUCUAGGAAAGGUAAGGCAAGUUCAUUAGUGAGCUAUUCGGUGAAGAGCACCAAGAAACCGGAAUCUCUCAAGGCAAUUAAUGUUGACGUUAAACAACUAGCAAAAAUGUACGAGGCUGUUGAUCAAAGCAACAACACCGCAAAACCUGACGCAGACAGCAGCGAAGCCAUUAAGGCCUCUGAGCCACAGCAGGAGUACGUCAGUAUCGGUGGGAAGAAGGGAAAUACGGAAUGGUCGGACUCGGAGGUGGGGCCGUCUCCGUCAGAGAUGGCGGCGGUGAUGGCCGAGAGGCGCUAUCCGCUGCAGGACGAUGACAAGGAGAGCUCGGUGCUGGACGGCUGGAGCAUGGACGAGAGCGUGGAAGGGCUCAGAUCAAAGCUAGAGAGGUGGCGGAUGGAGCUGCCGCCGUUGUACGACAACGCCGACGCCGGCGACUUCUCGCCCAGUAGUUAUAUGUCGUCGACCAGGACUAAGGCUGAUAAAGCUAAGGAUGGCAAGUUUUCGUGCUUUGGGAAUAUAUUUGGAAUUGAAUGCCAAUGCGUCUGCGGCAAGCCUCCCGGGGACAAGAAGCGUCAGAUAACGUCUCCGGAAUCUUCGCCGGAUAAAUCAUCCAUCUUUUGAAGGAACACGCAUUUGACAAGUUUAUGCGUUUUAGAGUGAAGUUGAUUCUACUCUUGCAUGCAUAUAAUGGUGGUGUUUUUCAUUUCAAAUCUAUGUUGUUUUUGUAUGUUUUUUUGGCGUUCAUGAUUUCAAGUUUUGAUUUUUCAAUCUUGAUCAAAGAUUGAAGUGCAGAAAAUGGUGGAUGAUUCGAUUGGGAGGUUUUUGGAGUGAGAUUGAUUUCAUGAGCUUGUAAUUGUUCGUCUAAUUAGUUAUUUUACAUGAUUUGUAAAUCAAUAAUAUUGUUGCUCCUUUUUGAGCGUAUAGAUAUAUUUAUUUAAUGCGUAUUUUUACUUCGCACGGUUACCUUAA